AGAACAAUACUGACGUGCUGUUGAUAAAACCAGCGAGAUAAAAACGAUAAUAAAGAGCUUAUCGCGAGAGUUCGUGGACUAUUAUUUAGUUUAGGCGGGCACCUUUUCGUUUCAGGGUCUGAACUGUGCAGUUUUUUUGCAUCGUGAUCAUUACCCGGCUUGAGUGAAAUGGAGUCAAACUUAGAGCAUCGCGAUAGAGUCGGGGUGCCCGAUGCGGUACUUUUGGACGAUUACACCAGCGAAACCGCCUUCGUAAAUAAUCUGGAGAAACGAUUUAAGGAAGACGUAAUUUACACAUACAUCGGAUCGGUGCUGAUCAGCGUAAAUCCAUAUAAGGAACUCGGGAUUUACGGCUCGAAGGAGGUGAAGGCUUACGAGAAGAAAAACUUUUUUGAGGUGCCGCCCCAUGUGUUUGCAGUGACCGAUACCGCAUAUAGAUCUUUAAAGGAAGAAAACAGAGAGCAAUGUAUCUUAAUUUCAGGAGAAUCGGGAUCGGGAAAAACCGAAGCGUCAAAAAAAGUCCUCCACUACAUCUCAGAAAUCACAGAGCAAAAGGGAGAUAUCGAAACUGUGAAAAACAAACUGCUGCAAUCCAACCCGCUAUUGGAAGCUUUCGGAAACGCGCGGACUAAGAGAAAUGACAAUUCCAGUCGUUUUGGAAAGUUCAUGGAUAUUCAGUUUAAUUUCGAGGGUAACCCUGUAGGGGGCAAUAUCCUAAACUACCUCCUGGAAAAGUCCAGAGUUAUCAGUCAAGGACCUGGAGAAAGGAAUUUUCAUAUUUUUUAUCAAUUACUAAAUGGUGCUAACGAGAACACUUUAUCCAAGUUAUCAUUAAGCAGGAACUUGAGGCAAUACAACUAUUUGUCUAAUGGAAACUUCGAAGAAGACAUCAACAUAGACAAAACCAACUACGAAGAAGUGGAGAGAGCCUUAUCGACAUUAGAUUUCAGCCAAAAUGACCGACAAGAUAUAUUUAACAUCAUAGGGGCCAUUCUACAUUUAGGAAACGUAAAAUUUUCUCUUGCUGAUGGUAAAGCUGUUAUAGCUAAUCCUGAAGUGGUUGAAACAGUUGCAAAUUUAAUCAAUUGCAAGAGAGACAAACUAAGCCUCUCACUCGUUCAACGUACCAUAGAAACUAUAAGGGAUGUAGUGACGACACCGCUAGAUCUAGAUCUGGCCACUUAUGCGCGUGACGCCUUAUCAAAAGCUGUAUAUGACCGGCUGUUCACUUGGUUGGUGAAACGAAUAAACAGUUCUCUACAGCCCAGUGAUCGUAGACGUAAUGUUGUUAUGGGUAUUUUAGAUAUUUAUGGGUUCGAGAUUUUGGAGAAGAACAGUUUUGAGCAGCUCUGCAUCAACUUCUGCAACGAGAAACUUCAACAACUCUUCAUCGAGCUAACAUUGAGAUCUGAACAGGAAGAAUACGAAAAGGAGGGCAUCCAAUGGGAGCACGUCACUUAUUUCGACAAUAAAAUCAUUUGCGAUUUAAUCGAGGAAAAACAUAAGGGGAUGAUAGCGUUUAUGGAUGAAGAAUGUCUACGGCCAGGAGAUCCUACUGACCGCACUUUACUUAAUAAAUUAAAUAAACAGUUUGAGCACCACGAUCACUAUAUAAGCCAUAUGAAAGCUGAUAUUAAAUUGCAAAAAAUUAUGGAUAGAAGCGAAUUCCGACUAAUUCAUUAUGCGGGGGCAGUCACUUACAACAUCAACACCUUUAUAGAAAAAAACAACGAUCUCUUGUUCAGAGAUUUAAGGGAAGCCAUGUCUUCUUCUUCAAACAGCAUCUUAUCGACGGUGUUUACAGAAUCUGAACUUCAAAGCAAAAAGAGGCCAGACACCGCCAUCACUCAGUUCAAGAACUCCUUGAAUAAUUUAAUAAACAUUCUAAAGGAUAAGGAACCUUCUUACAUCAGAUGUAUCAAACCCAACGAAUUGAAGAGAUCCGGCCUAUUUGACCAACAAAUAGUACGCCACCAAGUCCAAUAUUUAGGGCUAAUGGAGAACCUAAGGGUGCGUAGGGCAGGUUUCGCUUACAGACGCACAUACGAACUUUUCCUGAAGAGGUACAAGUCCCUUUGCACCGAAACGUGGCCCAACUAUCGAGGCACCGCGAAAGAUGGAGUGCAACAUUUGGUUUGUGCUCUUGGUUAUGAGGGUGUGGAGUACCAAAUGGGAAAGACCAAAAUCUUCAUUCGUCACCCACAGACGCUCUUCCGCACAGAAGACGCGUUCCAAGCAAAGAAACACGACUUGGCGAGCAUCAUUCAGGCCCAUUGGAAGGGUUUGAUGCAAAGAAGGAGAUACCUGAAGCUGCGCGAAAAUGUCAUAGUAGUUCAAAAGUAUAUCAGACGAUAUUUGGCCAGAAUCAACGCCAUGAGAAGGAAACAGGCUGCCAUGACCAUAAGAUCGUUUAUACGCGGUUAUAUUACCAGACAUGACCCACCAAACGAGGACAACAGGAAAUUCAUUCUGGCAACGAAGAGAAACUGGCUUGAGCGCCUGGCCAAGAACCUUCCACAAAAUAUCCUGGAUAGAAAAUGGCCGCCGCAUCCAAAGGUUUGUGAAGAAGCUUCCAAAUUGCUUGAGGUGAUGUACGCUGCUAAUAUGUCUAGACGCUACCGGUUAGCAUUAACUCCAGAUAGAAAACGUCAGUUUGAGCUGAAAGUGUUGGCAGAGUCAUUGUUUAAAGGAAAUAAGAAAAGCUAUCCACAAAGUGUUGCGGAGCCUUUUGUUUAUAGUAGAAUUCCGGAGCCUGCAUUACAGGCCAAGAAAUCGUAUGCUGCCACCCUGAAUGGAGAUAGAGAAGUGUAUGCAACUUCGGUGAUGAAAUACGACCGUCACGGGUACAAACCGAGAGAACGUACCAUCCUGGUGACCCAGAACAACUUACACGUCUUAGAAUGUAAAGGAUCUUCGGCGAAACUGAAACACGUGUUACCAAUUAAGAGAUUGAGCUUCAUCGUAACCCACGAGAGCGAUCGGUUGGUUUUAAUUAAGAUCCCGGAGGACCUCAUCAAAAAGGACAAGGGGGAUUUGAUUCUUGAGGUGCCCAAUUUGAUAGAGGCUAUUACGAUGAUCGUAGACGCUACCAAAGAGAGGAAUUUGUUGGAGAUUGUAAACACUACAACGAUUGUGCAUCACAUGAACGGUAACAAGAAUGGAACGAUUGAAAUUCAAGUUGGUAAACCAGAGAGGAUUCACAAGGACAAGAGUGGCCAUUUACUUAUCGUUGCAUCUCCAUAGUGAGAAUAUAAGUUAUAUUAUAUAGUAUUUAUGUCCAGGUAUUAAAGUUAUUAUAGUGUUAUCAAUAAAUGUAUUACUAUUUUA